AUGACUCCCGAGGACACUUUCCUGAGGGCACUGGCGCCUGCCUGGAAGGCGGGCAAGCGCAAAGUGCUCGUCCGAGUGGCGGGGCUUGGGCGGCCCUCGGAUCUGCACGAGUCCGGCCGACUGGCACCGCGCCAGUUCAUGCUGCACUCGCUGCUGCUCGACGGCGUGCUGCGGUCCUGGACAACGGAGGAGGCGUUCCCGCUGCCGAGGGAGCUCACCCACCAUUGCAUCCCGGGGGAUGUCAGUGAGGCCACCGUCACCAUGCAGGCCUACCCGCGCUCGACCAUUCGCUGCUCCCACCAGAAGCCCCUUCACCGUGUGCCUGGCAGGUGGGCCGCGCUGGAGGGCAAUCCAUCACUGGUGGUCGAGCUGACUGCGUGGUGCAUCGGCGCGGCGGGACUGGGCCUUACCCCGGGGCAAGUGCACGAGGGGCUGCAUGGCUACUUCGAUCGAGAGGGGGCGUCCCUCACGAGGAUGCUGGCCCAAUGUGACUUUCUCGGCCCGGCAGGGCCGAAGUACAUCGACCCCGGGCUAGACCGACUCGAAGUGCGGAAGCUGCACGCCGAAACCCACAACCAGAAGUAG